CGGCGGCGGGCGGCAGUGCGGGGCCGGCCGGCGAGGCCGCGGCAUGGGUCGCGUGCAGCUCUUCGAGGUCCGCUUGAGCCACGGCCGCGUCGUCUACAGCCCAGGGGAGCCGCUGGCCGGCACCGUGCUCGUGCGCCUGGGGGCGCCGCUGUCCUUCCGAGCCAUCCGGGUGACCUGCACGGGUUCCUGUGGGGUUUCCAGCAAGGCCAACGAUGCAGCCUGGGUGGUGGAGGAGGGUUACUUCAACAGCUCCCUGUCGCUGGCCGACAAGGGGAGCCUGCCUGCUGGAGAGCACAGCUUCCCCUUCCAGUUCCUGCUUCCUGCAACAGCACCCACGUCCUUCGAGGGUCCUUUUGGGAAGAUUCUGCAUCAGGUGAGGGCCACCAUCGACACGCCACGUUUCUCCAAGGAUCACAAAUGCAGCUGUGUGUUCUACAUCUUGAGUCCCCUGAACCUGAAUAGCAUCCCAGACAUCGAGCAACCCAACGUUGCCUCUGCCACCAAGAAGUUCUCCUACAAGCUGGUGAAGACGGGCAGUGUGGUCCUCACAGCCAGCACUGAUCUCCGUGGCUACGUGGUAGGGCAGGUGCUAAGGCUGCAGGCCGACAUCGAGAACCAGUCGGGCAAGGACACCAGCCCUGUGGUGGCCAGUCUGCUGCAGAAAGUGUCCUACAAGGCCAAGCGCUGGAUCUAUGAUGUGCGGACCAUUGCGGAGGUGGAGGGUGUGGGCGUCAAGGCCUGGAGGCGGGCGCGGUGGCAAGAGCAGAUCCUGGUGCCGGCCUUGCCCCAGUCGGCCCUGCCGGGCUGUAGCCUCAUUCACAUCGACUACUAUCUGCAGGUCUCCCUGAAGACACCUGAAGCCACCGUGACCCUUCCGGUCUUCAUUGGCAAUAUUGCUGUGAACCAUGCCCCGCUGAGCCCCCAGCCAGGCCUGGGGCCACCUUCUGGGGCCCCGUCCCUGGUGGUGCCCUCUGCGCCACCCCAGGAAGAGGCUGAGGCCAUAGCUGGUGGCCCCCACUUCUCGGACCCGGUCUUCCUGUCCACCAAGAGUCACUCACAGCAGCAGCCACUGCCUGCUGCCUUGGGUUCUGUACCUGGGGCCCCUGAACCCCAUCCUCAGGAUGGGAGCCCUGCCCCCCACCCUUUGCCUCCCCCCUUGUGCAUCUCCACAGGUGCCACUGUCCCCUACUUUGCAGAGGGAUCCGGAGGGCCGGUGCCCACCACCAGCACCUUGAUCCUCCCCCCUGAGUACAGCUCGUGGGGCUACCCCUAUGAAGCUCCGCCGUCCUAUGAGCAGAGCUGCAGCAGUGCUGACCCCAGCCUGACGCCUGGGAGCUGACCCUCGGGAGCUGCCCCCUGUGCUGCCUUCUUCGGGCAGGCCUAGCUUCUGCCCUGGGACCGGGAUGCCCAGGGCCUCGUGCCUUUGCUCCCGGCCUGGCCCGGCCCACUCAGGACCUUCAGCUGCCCAGGUUGCCCCUCAUGGACCCGCCUCUGCCAGCUCUCCUGGAGUUAGCCCUUUUCUCCCCUGGGGCUGGGAGGGAUCUGGGACCUGGAGAGACUACCUGUGUAAAUAAAGUGCUGUAUUUGUAGAGC